GCUACUUUGAAUGGCACUACUCAUGGAAUUCUUAUGAACCAGCUAACUGUUCACAUCAUCUCUCCUAAUCCAACUCUCUCUAAUAUGAGUAACCGCCGGUUCAUGUAUAUAAAAAGUAAUACUACUAGUUACAAUUUGAAAAGUGAGGAUUGAAUGUUGAAACCCUAGUUGCUCUGCACCAGUCGCAAGCUCACCUUCACCUUGCCGUCCAUUGCACCUCAUCACCACAUGCCGUUUAAGAAUAAUGGAUUUAGGAGAUGAAAUGCAGAAAGUUCUUUACUGGACUGCGCAAAUCGGCAAUACUGGGCUUCUGAUACUCUGGCACAUCAUACACUUUAUCAUCAGCUUAUGGUACUUCUUAGCGGGUAUAGCUCAUGCUCUUGAAAGUUACCUCAUCUCUGCUGGUUUAUUAAAGAGAUACAAAGCCCUCAACAUCGGCAAAGUCCGGUACCUGGCGAUUGUUGUAGACAGUGAAGAAGCUCACGACACAGCAAAAGUUACUGAACUAUUGCAUUGGCUGGCAGCUAUUGGUGUGAAGCAUGUCUGCCUGUAUGAUACUGAAGGAGUUCUGAAGAAAUCCAAGGAAGCUAUCUUGGAGAGAUUGAGUAAUGCUAAGUUAUCUGAGGACACUACCAGAAAUGAUCCGCUUCUUGAUAAAAGCCAAUUAUCUCUGGAAUUUGCUUCAUUCUCUGACGGAAAGGAAGCAGUGGCCAAAGCAGCUAGCCUGCUUUUUGGGAAGUAUUACUUGGGUGGAGAUCAGGAAAAGCCAAUCUUAACAGAAUCUCACGUGGCUGAGGCACUAAGAGCUGUUGGUUCUGGAGGCCCGGAUCCUGACCUCCUAUUAGUUUAUGGGCAGGCAAGAUGCCACCUGGGGUUCCCUGCAUGGAGAAUUCGGUACACUGAGAUUGUACAUGUGGGACCACUGAAGUCCAUGAAAUAUGGUUCUCUACUAAAAGCCAUAUGCAAGUUCACAAUGGUGCGCCAAAACUACGGUAAAUGAGCAAAUGCAUGUGGUGGUCCUGGUGGAUGCGGGUAUAACAUAUAAUAGAGUACAAGGAAAUGUUUGAGUCCAAAUAUUUAUCAGAUGAAGUUCCUGAUUUAUUAACUAUUUGUAAACAGCUGUGUUUGGCCUGUAAUAACUAAUCUCUGUCUGUAUGUGUGUGCGCGCGUGCGCGAGCGCAUUGUGGUUCUAGUUUAAAAUUAAAGAGCAUAGUUUUUUUACCUGAA